AUGCCUUCUUAUAUCGUUACAUGCAAAAAGGAUGCCUCCGACGCGGAGGUGCAGGACGCCAAGCAGCAUGCCAUCGACCAGGGAGGAAAGAUCGGUCACGAGUACAGCUUGAUCAAGGGCUUCGCUGUUUCCUUCGACGACGAUGCCGUCAACACCCUCGAGUCGCACCCUCACGUUGAGAACGUCGAGGCAGAUAGCGAGGUCAAGACGCAGUAA